AUGACGUUCUACAUCCCAUUGAAAGACGUGACUCAACCCGACUUGUCCAAGACAACAUUGAUCCUACCCUCGAUCUCAAUCGGCAACAUCCCGCAACUCACAAUCGAUCUCCUAAUACACAACUACGACUUCACCAAGAUCGGCUACUUAGACGACCUAUAUCUAUACCCGUUCGCGUCGCCCGUGGACUACGCAACGCCGCCUCCUCCCCCGGGGAUAAGCCACGCCGUCGAAGUCUACCACAGCGCGAAACUCGGCCUUGUCUUGGUCCAACAACGCAGCCCCAUCGCUCCAACGUACACUCCCUCCUACGUGAUGCAAAUCAUCGUGCCAUUCAUCCAAAAUAACAAGUUCAGCAAGUGUGUGAUUUUGAACUCGGCGGAUGCGGGCGUUGUCGAGGGAAUCGCGAGCGGUACCAUUCGCGUCUACACGGCUCACAACUUGGUCUCGUCCACGUUGGAGAAAUUGUCAAUUUCAAAAGGCAAGGAGCUAGAGGAUGUUCCGCGGGAUGAUGAUAAUGGCGAGGACGAUCACCUGAACCGGUUCGUCAAGACCUUGCUCCUGGUGUUCAAUUUGCCUCGUGGCGAGCGCGCCGUAGUGGAGUUGAAGGACGUUGAGGUUGUGCUCGUUGUGAGCUAUGCUUAUGAAGGCGACAAUUUCCACGAUGCGCGACUGAUGUUUGAUGCCGUUCUUGGCGAGUUGAAGAUUGAGAAGAAGACCACAACUGGUGGUGGCGUUGUCGAGCCUGUUAGUUGGCAUGGGGCUUAUGGUGAUAAAGAUGUGCCUUCUGCCAUGGAAGAAGGUAUAUUCGGGUAA